AGAUCCAAAAGGCCUAUAAUAAUUUAGGUGUCCGUUUUCUUAUCUAUAUAAAGUGCCUUCUAAUUGCCACCAUUCCAAGUAAUCUUUAAACAUGACAAACAAAGAUAACAGCAGCAAAGGAAGGAAACUCUCUAGGUACAUGAAGGCACCCUUAAGGUUCAUGAUCAAGGUAAAGAACAUGUACGUCAAUGGCAUGAUCCAAUGUUCUCGUGACUUGGCUUAUGUAGACCAUACAGCCAUGGGAUGUCCCACGCAGUUUUACUCUCUUCCAAGGAGCUUCAGUGUUAACUCUACUUCCAGUGAUGACGAUUUCAAGGAGCUUGUGAGGGUUGCGUCGCGUACUCUCAGCGAUGAAAAUCGGGCUGAGUUGAUUUCUCGGAGUCGCAGUGUCGGAAUUGGAAGGAUUGAAGAAGAUAAAGAAUAUGAGUUUGGAGCUGAUGAUGAUAUCAAGGUUAAGCCUCUUCUUUAUUCUCGAAGUAGAAGUUGUGCUAUUCGGAGCAAUAGAGGAACUAUGCUAUAAGUAUUAUUUUACAAUUGUAUCUAUCUUGCUUGAUCUCCUUAAUCUGAAGUUGUGUAAAUGAAUUUGUGUCAUCCAUCUUCUUUAUCUAUAAAUAUUUAUGUUAUUA